UGGUUUCCUCCCGUGAAUGAGACAAAAGUGCAAACAUGGCGGCGUGAAACUGUAGAAACUAGCUCGGAUGGAGGCGUAUUAAUUAAAACAGCUCGAAAGUUUCUAGUUUUUUUUUUCUUCCGUCGUGAACACGGAGCUGUUAGUGGAUGUCCUCGUUCAGAAGGACAGAAGUGUAGAGGAGAAAACACACACUGGACUGGACCGUCGGCUCGAAACAAUAAGGCUCGGAGAGAGAGGGACUGAGAUGAACGGGGACAUCAUAUGCAACGGACACUCUCCAUUUCACCGUCUCUUGCAGCACAGCAGCUCCAAAUCACAGCAUCAUGAAGCCAUCGCUGUCAAACUCAUCCAGGACGGGAAAACCUCACGAUUAUUCUGCACACAAAAUGAGCCACAGAAGCAUGGAGAUUCCAGGAGAGGCAGUACCGUGAAUGGUGAGUUCAUCCUCCCAAAAAUGGCUGUGAAUGAAGAGCUGCAGCACUCAGUGCACAGAGCUGAGGAGAAAAUGCAUCAGCUGCACUGCACUGCGUCAUACAUCCACGCCAGCAGUGACAUCACUUCCCCCAGUCAGAGGAAACGAGCCUGUCGCAAAGUUAAAGUAAAGAAAGCCACACAGAGAAUGUACAAAAGUGAACUGAAGUGUGAAGAGAAGAGGCACAUAGACAUGCUGAUCACAAACGGGAUUGAGAAUGGAAUGAUGGUCAGAUACAUUGAAGGAAAGGGCAGGGGAGUUUUCGCCACCCAGAAGUUCCAGAAAGGCCAGUAUGUAGUGGAGUAUCACGGAGAUCUGCUGCAGAUAACGGACGCCAAAAAAAGGGAGGCUUUAUACGCACAAGACCCAACCACUGGCUGCUACAUGUAUUACUUCCAGUAUCUCAGCAAAACAUAUUGUGUGGACGCUACGAAGGAGUCGGAUCGAUUGGGAAGGCUCAUCAACCACAGUAAAAACGGCAAUUGUCAAACCAAACUCCAUGAUAUUAAUGGAAUACCUCACCUUAUCCUCGUGGCCUCCAGAGACAUCCAGGAAGGAGAAGAACUUCUUUACGACUAUGGCGACCGCAGUAAAGCUUCGAUAGAAGCUCAUCCAUGGCUAAAGCAUUAAUGUACUGAGAGGAGGGAAAAACACCUUGUUUCUUAACUAGACAGUUUUUAAUGUAAUCAUUGCCUUAGUAAACAGAAUGUUUUGGGCUAGUAAGUGUAUGGGUAUGUCACACAGUGACUUACAUGUCAAACACGUUAGAUUGCGGUACAUAUUCGACGUGUCCUACUUUUAAGAUAUUUAUCCUGCUCUAUGACAUGCUAGUUUCGGCACAUUUCUUUUUGUAUAUUUUAUAUAUUGGUAGAUCAGUGCUUCCAAAGCAUGCAGUUAUAGUCCAACUUUCUGCAUUUUUAUAAGAGUUUUCUUAAUCUAAUCUAAUGUAAGGUAGUUAGAGGCUUAGCAAUAAUUAUUUAUAAUGCCCAAACGUUUAUGUUUGAAGCAGAAAGCCGAUGCUAAAAGGAGCGACAUUUUAAAAGGUUCAGAAAACUGGAAUGUGAAACCAAACUUUGAUAUCAUUUGAAAUGUUACCGUUGUACAAUGCUGAGCGUGUCGUGAUUAACUUGAACAAAGCAGUACCUGUUACACACAAAGUGAGUGUUGAUGACCAAAAGCUGACUGAGAGUGUUCCAAUCAAUCUGUAUGAAAUGGUAGAUACAUUGUUUAAAUAAAUGAUUUUAUGCAA